AUGGCGUUACCUACACCGUUACCCGAUCGCGUUAGCUACGUCGAGGCAUAUCGUCGCUUUGUAACAUUAGAGAGAUCUAGUACAGUUGUUUCGAAUAUGGAUACAAGGACAUAUCAGGAUCAAUUAACACAAUCGUCGGAAUAUAUGAAAAAAUGCAUUUACCAGCGACAGAUGGACGGCAUUUUGUCCACGAAUGAGCGUUUCUUUGAGCUACAAAACACGCAACUUUAUGCUUUUUGUAUUGAAUCUUAUUUAGGUAUUCUUCUACCGAAACAAUCCUUCUAUCAUUAUGUGGAAAAAGAUACAAAACCACAAGAACAAUUGAAGCAAAUGGAUGAACAACUAAAGCACCAAGUCUCUUCUAUCAAUCACAUGCGUAAUAUUGUCGAUCGUGUCAAGUUAUUACAUGAAUCCGAUGUAUUUCUGACUGAAUAUUUAAAUCAUGCUGAGCGUGUUGGUCUUCUUACAGAAAAGAAACGACGUGAACAGUAUGAACGUCUUGAGAGUAAACAGUUUUCACUCUCCAGAGACGACAAGAUUCAACGAUUUCAAAUGCAGCGAGAGAUGGAAAAGAACUUGAUUGAAAUACAGAAACGACGUGAUGAAAAGAAAAAUAUUCAGAUGGGAAACGGACUGAAAGAAGAUGAAAAAGAACUUGAUGAAGAAGAUGAUGAUACUGACGACAUGGAGCGCGAAGAAUUGAUGACAUACAUUCAAUUAUCAGUACUAAAAUACACGGACAAGCAGGAUUUGUUCUCGGAAGCGCAUCGACCGCCACCGCCACCUCAAGGACAGGGACUUGAGGUGACGCGCAUUAAUCCACAGCUGGAGAUGCGACGCGAGACCAUUCGGUCGGGAGUGUUUAAACCUGGUCACCGUCUACCAACAAUGACGUUAAACGAGUAUGCGGACCACGAAGUGGCUAAUGCCGUGGAGCGCCAGAUAAGAGGAGAGGAAGCACCAAAGGGACCACGCCGAUAUGACCAACUUGUGGAGGACGGAGAUGAAGACAAUGACGCAUUAGUAGAAGAGGCGACAUAUAAGGACCGUGCUUGGGAUGAUUGGAAGGAUGCAAACGAGAAGGGAAUUGGGAACAAGGGGGGGCUCACAGUUCUAGUAGAAAGAGUUUCAGCAUGA